GGAGUCGGGUUUCAGUCCAGGAAACCGUUCCAGGUUUGAAGGUAGAAAGUUAUAAUACUGCACGGCACUUGGACAUUGAGCUUCGGGAGAAAGCGAGUUACUCUGAACUAGACGACUGAACGCGAUGCAGGCUGGUGGCGUUAGCAAGGUGUCCGGGGUCCGAACGCACCCUAUCUUAGCUCAGCAGAAUUCGGGUCCGAAACCAACCAAACCUGGACCAGCGACCGAACUGUUUGUGGACCCGAACUUCCCGCUCGGAGUGCUGGACCCCAGGGGUGAAAUCACAUGGAAACGACCAAAGGAGCUCUGUGCCUCUCCCCAGUUCAUCAUGGAUGGAGUGUCCCGGACUGACAUCUGCCAGGGCAGACUGGGUGAUUGCUGGUUCCUCUCCGCGGUCUCCUCCCUGACUCUUCACCAGUCCCUCAUGAAUCAGGUCAUUCCGGAGGGACAGGGCUUUGGCAGCGGCUACACUGGCAGGUUCACCUUCAAGUUCUGGCAGUACGGGCACUGGCAGGAAGUGGAGAUCGAUGACUUCCUGCCCACAGUGAAGGGGGAGCUGAUCUUCCUGCACUCCCGGGAGAAGGGCGAGUUCUGGAGCCCCCUGCUGGAGAAAGCGUACGCCAAGUUGAAAGGUGGCUACCACGCUCUGCACCUGGGCUUCCCUCACGAGGCACUGGUGGACAUGACUGGUGGCGUGACAGAGGAGUUCCACACGGGGGCGCUGCCGAGAGACACAGCACGCUUCCUGAGGCAGCUCCUCGACAAAGGCUCCCUCAUCAACUGUGCCAACGUCGGGGGUCCCCUGGAGCAGAGGAAUGGGAAGGGCAUCCUGUUCAAGCACGCCUACUCAGUGACGGGCGUGGCACAGGUGCAGGCGGGGGGCGCGCGGGUGGACCUGAUUCGGGUUCGGAACCCCUGGGGUCACACGGAGUGGACAGGGGCCUGGAGCGAUCAGGAUGGUGCGGAGUGGUCUCAGGUCAGCACAGCUGAACAGAACCGGGUCCAGAGAGUCCAACUGGAGGAUGGGGAGUUCUGGAUGUCUGUGUCUGAUUUCCAUGAGAAUUUCACCACAGUGGAGGUGUGUCACCUGAGCAAUAGCAGCCUGUCUGAAUCGGGUUCCGCCCUGCAGCUCUGGCAAUGUGCCCUGCACCAGGGGACCUGGGUCCGGGGCAUCUCCGCUGGGGGGCCCCCACAGGGCACAGGUACGGGAGCUCUGUACUGGUUGAACCCGCAGUUCCGACUGACCCUGCUGGAGGAGGACGAUGAUCCCAACGACCCCGCCCUGACCUGUAGCUUCCUGGUUGCUCUGAUGCAGAAAAACUGCCGACAGCAGGGAGCUUACCUGAGCAUCGCACUGCACCUGUACCAGGUGAGUCCGGAGCAGACGUACCUGUCCCCCAUUGACCUCCUCAAAGUCCGCCCUGUCCUCUACACCCCGGCCUACUCUGCGCAGAGGGAGGUGGUGAUUCGCGGUCGCCUGGCACCGGGGCAUUACAUCAUCAUCCCGUCCACCGCCUCGGCCAAUCAGGAGGGAGAGUUCAUCCUGCGCGUCUACACUGAGAAGGGCAACGGAGCAACACCUGCAGACAAGGCUGUGACUGACUCCCACAAAGCGGACCCCGCUCCCUCCGCCUCCUCCCCCCUCCCCUCCCUUGAUGCAGUCCAAGAUCUCUUCAAGCAGCACGCCAAGCCCGGGGGGGUGUGCGGAGCGGCCGAGCUGCAGGCUGUACUGAAGGGGGCAGUCCGGUGCGGAGCACUAGCGAACAGCGCAGAGGGAUUCUGUCUGGAGCGCUGCAAGAGCAUCGUCUCGCUGAUGGACACUCGCGGAUUCGGGAGGCUGGAGUGGGCGGAGUUUUGCGACCUCUGGGUGAAGUUCAGCAGGUGGACGGUGAUCUUUGUGCAUUUCGACAAGAACCAAUCAGAAUCCCUGGAUUACCCUGAGAUCAUCCCAGCACUGCAGGGGGCAGGGCUGCAGGUGGAUGACUUUGUGCUGCAGCUGAUCGGCCUCCGAUACACUGACCCGGACCGCACUGUCAGCUACCCAGCAUUCCUGUGCUUUAUGCUCAAACUGGACACCAUGAUCCGGAGAUUCCAGACUCUGGACCAGCUGGGAAGUGGUUCGGUCAGCCUGAACUACCGGCAGUGGCUUCACAUGACUAUGUACAACUGAGACCUGCUGGAGGAUGCAGUCUGUCUGUCUGUCUGUCCGUCUGUCUGCCUGCCCAGCUAAUCAAUAAAGCUGUUCUGAACCUU